AUGGACGACUUAGAUGAUUGCUUUUCACACAUUCAGCUUGAUAUUUACGGUCUGAAUCCAUUCGGACAAGAAGCAGGAAAAACACCACACCAAGACGACUUCCAAAUCACCGCCUGUGGCGUUCGAGGCGACGACAGGAAUAAAAUGUCCUUAAUAUUCAAUACUACAUGUAUAAUUUUUAGUGUAAAACUUGAUAAAACGAAAUGUUCAAUCAAUCUAAUAACAAUUUGGAUGCACAUCUUAAAACUUAUAAUUUUUAAAACCUUAAAUCUUGUCUUUUUUAUAGUAUUUUUAGCAUUAUCGUGUAGUAAUUUAAUUGACUAUGAGAAAUGA